GCCACGCGGCGGAAAGCGCGACCGAGAUGCCGCAGGACGUCCCCGGAUCGGCCCCGAGGAAACCGCUGCCAGGAUGCCACCACCACCGCGGCCGCCACCAUCACCGCGGCCGCCACCACCACCGCGGCCACCACAGGGGGCCCUCGGGAAGAGGACGAUGGCUCUGAAGAGAGGUGGCGGCGAGCCUGAGGAGGAUGAGGAGGAGGCUGGGGGGGGCAGAGUCCCCGACGCGCCGGUGAAACGUCUGCGCCGCGGCCCGGGACGGCGAUGCCGGGACGAGGGAGUUCCCGCCCGGCGCGGGGAAGCUGAGACCGGCGCCGGCAAGCGUGACCCCGCGGCGGCGGCGCCCGUCGCGUCCGGGCGAGAGCGGAAGAGGAGGAGCGCCGGCAGGCGAGCCGAGGGAGGGGAAGUGGAGCGGGCGAAGGGAUGGCGCCGCGUGCGCCUCGGCAACUCGGCGGAGGAGACUUCACCGAGGGGCGGGAGGGCGGAAGAGGAGGACGAGGUGGAAUGUCCGUUGGUAAGCGGCGACGACGGCCACGGCGGCGACGAUGGGACGGCGGACGGAGAACACGUGGCCGGAACUCCUGCCGCCGCCUCGUCCGAAGCUCAGACCUCGCGGUACAAGCCUGGGGUGCGGUCUCCCUCCAGCCCCCCGGCGCAGGGGAUCGGAGCCCCCCGAUUGGGGGCCUCGGGGAUCGCCGGCGCCGCCAGCCCCUCCAUGUCUUCCGACACCGACCCCGAUGCUCUGACGACUUUCACAAUCGAGGACAUCUUCAUGGAAGUCCAGUGACGUCCACCUGCAGAGCCGAGCGAUGCGGGCUUCGCGCUCUGCAUCAUCAUCAGCAUCGUCGUCAUCGUUCAUCCACGGUCAAUCAGCUGCUGGGUGAAGGCCACCCCAAGUGCCGCCACCGCCUCUCGCGAUCCCGCGAUGCGACGCGCGACGUAGCCACUCGCACGUGGGCUGAUGUCAUUGCCCUGUAGCUUCAAUCUCUUCAUCAUCACCGUCAUCAUCGUCAUUAUCGUCAUCAUCGUCA